CGUUGCCUGUUCAAGGUUUGGUGUGUCUCGUGGGAAAUGAAAAAGAGUGUCUCAUUUUUUUAGGGGAGGAGAAAUCCAGUUUCCUUCGUCUUCUUCGGCUGAAGAAGUUACAGAUCUCUGUUUAGGUUGAUUCGCUAUAGUUGGGCUGAUCGUUUCGCCGUUUCUUCGCUGGCGAUUUUUGGUGAUAUUGCUGCUGCUUUUCAGGCAUGGAGCUUGCCUAUUCAGGAAUCAGAUGAAGUGGAUAAGUUCACGUACCAGCAACGAACUAGUGCUCCUUUGGAUGAAUUGGGGAUUUUGGGUGAGGAAAUAGUGAAGUUGAAGAAAGGAAAGUUCAGGAUUCAUUGAGAAUAGUUGACGUUUUACUGUUGGAGCUUGUUGACUUGUGUCGUAGGAAGUUUUGUUGACUUUCGCUUGUGGAUCGGAGCGGUGGAAGUGUGAUCGCAAGAUUUGUUGUUAUGGAGACGCUUGUUGUUCUCGCUCAGCAUCGCAACCAGGCAUGCAGAAGAAGCAAGUCACAUAUCUCUGAUCGGUUCGAAACAUCUUCUUCAAGUGGAUUCAAAGGGAUCAACUGUCGGACCUUCCAGUCCGGUACAGGAAUUCUUCCGUCUCCUAAACCGGUUUUUGCUUCUUAUGGUAAUGCCCAGGAGUUCAACAGUCCGGAAAUUCGAUCAGAAACUCCAAAACCAAGCAGAAAAAGUAGCCCCAUCGCAAUUACUCCUAAACCAUCCCCCAAGUUUUCUUCCUCCUGUGAUGAUCUCUCUUACUCUGAGCUCUGGGCUGGUCCAACAUACUGUAACUCCCCUCCUCCGAGUUCUCUUCCCAUCCCCAAGUUCUCUCUCCGCCAGAAAAGAAGUGUUUCUCUUGACCUUCCUGAUUCGGACUCUGACAUUGAGCUUAAGCCGGAGGCUAAAUCUGCUCCAGCUUCCCCUGUACGGGAUUGCCCCCUAUCACUUGCUGAUGAUUUCUUACUCGGCACUGCUUCCGCGACACAAAAUCUACGACGUAUUCUGAACCUAGAUCUUAUGAACUGAGGUCUAUUGAGGAUUUGUGUUUCUUUACUGUUACAAGGUGGUGAUGAGGUUGGUUUCGGAUGAGCUGUAUAUACAAAUUGUGAAUAACUUGGUGAGUGGCGUCGCUUCUUACCAAUCAAGAUGGUCCUUUUCGAAAGAAUCUUAUAGAAGAUCUAACGUAGCUGUAUGUUUGAUCAUAAAAUUGGGUGUUGCUCUCUCUGGUAAUGGGCACUCCUUUGUCUGCGGAGGUUUCUAGCUUUAAAUUUAUCUAUCCUUGAUCUGAAUCUGUCGUUUGUCAUUUCUGUUGUAGAAUCCUAGUAGUUUAGUGUAUGACACAUGGUUUCUGUACAUCUCUUAGUAGGAUAAGUAGGAUUCAUUGCUUAUCAAGAGUGUGAGUGAGUCUCUUGUUUAUUGUCUAAGUUACUUGUCUAUGUAUCAUUUCUCCUCCCCUGCUCAUCUACCCUCGUUUCUUUUGCUUUCUCACCUCAUUCUUCUACUGACUAUGAUGCCUUCCGAAGGCUUCUUCUGUCCCUGCCCACUUUUUCUGGUUUUUUGUAAAGGAAAAGUUGGGAGGUUGGAAGAAUGACUCCGCUCUUUUUUUUUUUUUUUCUUUGUUUAUUUUUUCUUUCAUAUUGGUGCUGACAGUUGUUCUUCAUUUGUGUGUGUGUGUGUGUGUGUGUUUUUUUAAUAUAUCCAACUCCAUAAAUUUGACCUCUUGCUUCGUCUUUCACCUUAAAAUUUUCAUUUUUCAUGUCCAUCUCUAUCUCUGCUACUCGUUGGCAAAUGUCUCAUCUUCUAUUUCUUAGUUUCAGUGUCAGUCGGGUCUGCUUUUAGUUUUGUUGUUCAAAAUCUAAAUCUUCAUGGAGUUCAGCUGAAAAAAAAUCCCAAUAUCAAGUUUUGUACUGGAGAAUGUACUGGUGCUGGUUCUUCUUUCAUCAGACGCGGUAAUGUAAUCCUUGUCUUUGCAUCCUUUAUGAACAACGGCUAUCGCCGGUAGUUUAGUUUAUCUGUAAAAUUGCUGUUCUGUUGGAUGGCAAUUCGACUAUAAAUUUAGUAUUUGAUUUUAUGUCUGUAUGUUUCAAAUUUUCUUAUGAUACUAUGCUGUUUGAUUUUC